CUCGUACCCUGUUCCCCUUCAACAAUCAAUCGAUGACGCACAUGAGUCCUCAAAGUCUACUGUAAGGUAAAGGUCGAUCUAUCGUCGCUAACACAUCUCGAAUUUUUGUAUAAUUUCGCAUCGCCUACUGAGUAGCGGUCAACUUUUUUUCAGUCACCAAGAGCAGCUACUCUAGAAGUGGUAGAGCCCGCUGGGCUGACAUCAACGAUACAUACAGUCCAGACAGUAUAAUACCAGGCUGAGCCUCGUCUGGUUUCAUCCUUAAACUCGAGCUUUCCUUCUGUAUUAGACUCUGCCCUUAAUCUCGCAACACUUCAUUCCUGUCAAAAUGACUGUCCAUGUUUUAGACGACUACUAUCUUGCUAUCACCCUCUUGAUCACUAUCGGCUAUCAGCUUUUCUUCUUCGCGAUCGCAUUUUCGCUGAAAUUUGAUAAGCUCACUGACUUCGCUGGUGGAACCAACUUCGUCGUCCUAGCUAUCAUAACCCUCGCAUUUAGCGGCUAUCAUCAUGCGCGCCAAAUCGUGGUCAGUCUCUUCAUAAUGAUAUGGGGCGCUCGACUAUCUGCAUUCCUCCUCUUCCGAAUCAUCAAGACCGGCAAGGACGACCGCUUCGACGACAAGCGCGACAAGUUCUUCCCUUUCCUCGGAUUUUGGGUCUUUCAGAUGCUCUGGGUCUGGACUGUGUCCCUGCCAGUCACUGUAUUGAACUCUCCAAAUGUCACGCAAUACGCACAGCCGGAUUUUGGAACUGGACGAGAUAUCGCAGGCGUGAUAUUGUGGUCGAUUGGGAUUGUCAUGGAGAGUGUAAGCGAUGUGCAGAAAUACCUGUUCAAGGUUAGGCAGAGCGACAAGUCUGCUAUUUGUGACAAGGGUUUCUUCAACUGGACAAGACAUCCAAACUACUUCGGGGAGAUUAUCAUCCAGUUUGGAAUUUACAUGAUUGCCGUCUCUCCAGCAGCUAAUGGCUACGUCCGCGGCCAAGCUUAUAAAGCUCUUUACGCCACCAUUCUCGGGCCAUUCUUCCUUACCAUCCUCCUCAUGUUUGUCUCCGGCCUGACGCUUCAAGAACGACCUGGUGCGAAGAAACGAUACGAGAAGAACAAUCAUUGGGAGGAGUAUUCUCGCUACUUGAACAGGACUAGCAUCUUGAUUCCUUUCCCGCCACAGAUAUACUCGAAGUUACCUACAAUUAUCAAGCGAACGAUCUUCCUAGAGUUCCCGAUUUAUGUGUUUGAUCCCGUGAAGCACUCUAAUGUUGGAAAGGGACAGAGCGCUGCAGAAGAAGGGAACGGGAACAAGAAUACUGAUUCGAGACAGAGUGGGGAUCAGCUGGUUGGACAGAGUUCAAGCUCAAGGAACUGAAGCCUAAUCGAAAGGGAAUAGGAUAAGAGAGGGGUGCUAUUAUAAUAAUACUUGAUGUAUAAGAUAGCUGCUUAACUAAUAUCACGGAAUUAUAACGAUG